AUGUUUCGUUCUUUCACCCUUGCCAUCCUCGUCGCCACUGUGGCGUCGUCCGCCGCCGCCUCCGUUGGCCUGUGCUCGACCAACAAGCCAUACUCGUACUCUGUAGCCAAGUCCCAAUACCCGCACUUGAAGUCGGCCAUUGAAGUCGUGGAAGGCCAGCCCAUUGCCACGUGGUACACGGAUCGUUCCCAAGAUGCCAAGACCCAAGUCCAACUCACCGUCUCGAAAUGUCCCGCUGGUGACCGCCCCACGGUAGUGGUGUAUGGGCUGCCCAACAAGGACUGCGAAGGCCACCAGUCGGCAGACGGCAGCAAUAAGACGCCUCAAGAUUACGUGGCUUUCUUGGAGUCCCUCGUCACGGCCGUGGGCAACAACGACGUGAUCUAUAUCUUGGAACCGGAUGCGAUCGGGUCGCUCAUCGGCGGGGCCACGUGCGCUGUCACGUACGGCUACGAGGCCAAUUUGAUUGCUGCGUUGGGCAUUUUGGGGAAAAAUCCCCGCGCCGACAUCUACGUGGACGUCGGGUACUGGGUAUUGGGGGCUCAAAACGAUGCCAAGAUCGCGGCGAUGCUGGGCAAACUCGACCCCACCGGGAAGCGCCUCAAGGGCAUCUCGAUCAACACGUCCAACUUUCGGUCGACCGAGGAACUGGCGCGCCUGUGCUCGUCGUUUGCUGCCACGGCCAAAAAGACGACCGGCCUCUCGGCCACGUGUGUGCUGGACAUUUCCCGCAACUUCCAGGGGCCGGACCCGUCUAGCCAGUGGUGCAACCCCAAGGGGCGCGGCAUCGGGUACCCCCCCGCCGUGCGCCCGGUGGCGUUCCCCCUGAUUGACUACUUUUUGUGGAUCAAGCCCCCCGGCGAAAGCGACGGCUUUUGCAACGGCGGUCCGAACGCCGGCGCGUUUUACAUUGACGGGUUUGUCGAGUUGUGGAACAACGGGUACUUUGUCAACGUCCAAGGCCAGGCUCGCAUCAACGCGACCGCGUAA